AUGGACGCUAGUGGACCGCCACCGCCUCCCAGCUUUCAAGAGUCGCGCGCCAAGGCCGAGGACCGUCGGCCGUCGCCCACGCAGGACCAGGCUGCACAGCCACCCGCCAAAGCUCCCAAGCACGAUGCCUCGUCGUACCCAGGCAAGUCCGAGCCCUCGUCGUCGUCGAUGGGCCAAUAUAAUACGAUCGACUUUCUCGGGAACGUAUCGGGCGGACCGCACGCCGCGGCUGCCGAGGCACUUGCGACAUUCUCGUCCUCGGUCGGCAGCGAUGCCGCCAACAACAACUCGCUAUUUAUGCAGGUGCCGUCAGGGCCGCCUCCUGCCUCGGCCGCCCCUCUGCACAGUACUUCCAGCUCGUCACUUCCGCCACCCACCACCUCGACACUACCAUCGUCGGGCACGCAACACGGCCCACCGUUCCUGUGUCCGACAUGCAACACAUCGUACUCGCGUCUUGAAUAUCUUCGCCGCCACGAACGCCGCCACGCAGAUAUCCGGCCUUUUGCGUGUCCGUGUGGCAAGUCGUUCUCUCGGAGUGACGUGCUCGCUCGCCACAAGACCAAGUGCCGCGUCGUGCUAAGCGACGAAAGCGGCGCGGCAGCGAAUAGCUCUGACGGACGCAAGUCGGAUCGGCUGCAGCGCGUGUCAUCGUCGAUGCGCUCUACACGUGGCCGCCCUGCCGGUACAACGCGGGCCGGACGUCCUCAGGACCGCGAAACAAGCGCUCACGACCCGUCGGUGGAUCCCGCCCUGGCCGGCACAGCUGCGGUCGAUCCAUCGAUGCAGCCACCCCCGCCCCUUGAAGGCGCGUCGGACUCGCCGUACGCAUCGUACACAAAUGCCCCACCGCCCACGUAUGCGCCGCAUGGACACCCCGAGAGCAGUGACUAUGCACACGACAAGGCGCCCUAUGCACACCCUGGACCGUCUGGAAGCGGUGCCCCACCUGCCGCGAGCGUCGCCGGCGCCUAUGGUGGCAUGCGCAUGGGCGUACCCCACGAUCCCAAGAUGUAUGCGCACGGCAAUAUGCCACGGCCUGGCAAUGCACCUGCGCCGUACUUGAGUGGCGCCCCAGCGAUUCAUCCCGAGCUAUCGUCACGCGGCGCGCCAGGCAUGUACAGCGGAGCGCCUGCCACGAGUACCACUGGCAGUCCUGGCACGGCGUCAGCCGCCCCAGGUUCGAUGUACUAUCCGCCAUCGCAGCACAGUGAGCAUGCUGGCAGUUAUGCGACGCAGCCAGCCACUGUGACACACUAUGAUGGCAGCGCGGCGGCGGCGGCGGCUGCUGCCGCCGCCGCAGCAGCUGUGGCGACCCCGAAUGGCACACAGCAGGGCGGCUCGGGCAUCUACGCACCCAACAAGGAGCUCGCGCGGUUCUCGGUGCCGUCGUCCGGACCGCUUUCCCCGUUUUCGAACACGGCUCUCAAUUCCAACAUAUCGCCGUACCUUUCAGCAUUUUCAUGUGCUCGUGACAUGCCGCCGCGCGGUGGAUCGAGUCCACGGAUGAGCAACAGCACGGCCAGUGGUACAGCGCCGACUCAGCCUCCGGCACCGCCUUCGACAGACGAGGCACCUCCACCAUCCGACUCAUAG